CCGGCAGCCGCGACAGGGGCCGGACCGCCGCGUGACCGGCUACAGUCACGCUGUGCUUAAUCACAAUUAGCUUUUGCUCCAGACUGGCGGUGCUCACCAUUCUCCCAGCCGGUAACCCCGGGGAUUUCUUUUAUGGUGGCUUCCUCUGAAAUGCCAAAGCCACCCGAUUAUUCAGAGCUGAGUGACUCUUUAACGCUUCCCGUGGGAACAGGAAGAUUUUCGGGACCACUGCACAGAGCAUGGAGAAUGAUGAACUUCCGUCAGCGGAUGGGAUGGAUUGGAGUGGGAUUGUAUCUGUUAGCAAGUGCAGCAGCAUUUUACUACGUUUUUGAAAUCAAUGAGACUUACAACAGGCUGGCCUUGGAACACAUUCAGCAGCACCCAGAGGAGCCCCUUGAGGGAACCACAUGGACACACUCCUUGAAAUCUCGGUUACUUUCCCUACCUUUUUGGUUUUGGACAAUUAUUUUUCUGAUACCGUACUUACAGAUGUUUUUGUUCCUUUACUCUUGUACAAGAGCUGACCCCAAGACGGUGGGUUACUGUAUUAUUCCCAUAUGCUUGGCCGUUAUAUGCAAUCGCCACCAGGCAUUUGUCAAGGCGUCUAAUCAGAUCAGCAGACUACAACUGAUUGACACAUAAAAUCAGUCGCCAUUUUUUCCUUACAAGUACAAAACUGCCGGUAUUGUAUGGAGCCUGAUCACAAGACUGCAGUUCCUUCACAGAUCUCAGGAAGUUGUGGUGGGGCAGAGGCUUUUUAAAAAAAAUGUGACUAGGGGACUAUCUUUAUCUGAAUAAUAAUGAGUUUUUAGGUAAAGCCUGAGAUACAGUACUACAAAAUCAUGUUAAUGACUUCAGAUUUUGGAAGUAAAAUUUUACCUGUUAUUUGCAUUCUUUAGAAACUUGAAUAAGUUUACCUGGACUCAUAUUUUUAUUCUACUGUGCAACAUAGUGAUGAUUCAGAAAAUUUUCCUUUGGGGAAAAAAAUGAAUAUGAACAUUUCCAUUGUGUUUAAUGUUAAACGGUCCAAACAUGGUCAUAAAAUUUAAAUUUUAUACAA